ACCUUACCCGGGCCCGUUCACAUAUUGAUUAGUGCUUAGUACUGGUUAAUACAUUUGCUACUAAACGUAAGUACUAUCUCGGACGAUCGAUGUUCGAAAUGACAUUGACAUGUCACAGUUUUCAAUUGUUUGAAUGAGAUAAAUGUAAUGCCCGUGCAACAACAACGCUAUAUGCAACAUUUAAUAACUUUUUAUAACAAAAAAAAUGUAAAAAAAAUAUUAAAAAAUUUUUUUUUUUGGAAAAUGAACUAUGUCAUGUAGUUUCCUUAACCGUACUUACCAAUACCCCGAAGUUAACGGAAUUCAAUAAAAACAUGGUGUAUAAAUCCAUAACAUUUGCAUUUUCUAAAUCCUAAACAAUGAAUUACUUACCAUGAUACAAUUUAUAAUGUAUUUAUAAUUUAAUUUUAGUUACAUGGAAGUUAUGUAGUAAAGGAAAAUUUAUAACAGUUUGCUAAUAAAAUAAUGAUUAUGUGUUCAUUUUGUAUUUUCGUUUGUGGCAUAAAAGGCCUGUGUACAGAUCCUUAUGAGAGACAACACACCGCUUGCGUGACGUGUGCGUGCGUGGCUCAAACAUUUUAGCGCACGCGCACGUGCAUAUUUAUGUACACAACACCGGUGUGGCCUGAGGGGCUACAGCGAACCACGUUCAAUGUGUUGCCUCUCUGUCGCACUUGUAAAUUUGUCUGUAAGUAUGAAAGGGAUGAACGUGGUCCGCGGUAGGCUCUCUGGCCUUAAAAGUUAAUAAGUUUCUAAUGACUUUCUGUAUUUAAACAGCACCAUGUCUGGAACCGCUGGUUCAAGCAGCAGUGCAGCUCUCGGAGGGCUCGGGGGCUCCUUAGAAGACAAGGAUUGUGAGCUGUUGUGUCCAGUCUGCUUCGAGCUCAUAGAUGAGGCGUAUGUGACGAGAUGCGGUCACUCAUUCUGCUACGCCUGUAUUGCCAAGAGUGUUGAACAACAUAGACGGUGUCCAAAAUGCGGCGCAGCCGUGGCCAGCCGCGACCACAUGUUCCCAAACUUCAUGCUCAACGAGCUGGUCGCGCGGCGGAGGUUGCGUGCCGCUCGGCCUCCCUCGCAGGCCUCAGAGGGGGGCGAUGCUGCAAGGCUUAGGGCGUUACUAGCGGCAGAGAGCGCGAGGCUGGCUAUGCCUGACGUCGAGCUUAUGUUAGAGGUGAGUCCGUGGCCGCUACAGGCCUCGACGCGAAGCUACGUGUCGUGCGCUACUGUUCCUAAACUUCAUGCUCAACGAGCUGGUCGCGCGGCGGAGGUUGCGUUCCGCUCGGCCUCCCUCGCAGGCCUCAGAGGGGGGCGACGCUGCAAGGCUUUUAGGGCGUUACUGGCGGCAGAGAGCGCGAGGCUGGCUAUGCCUGACGUCGAGCUUAUGUUAGAGGUGCUAACGCGACGGAAGCGUCUGCUCGAAGCUGAAUCAGCGGCCGCGCACCACCGUCUGCUCUAUGAGUUCCUGGCACAGCUGCACCGGCAUCGACAGCAGCAGCUGCAGCAGCUCGCGCGUGAAGCCGCGCUGGUCCAGGCCGACAUGGAGCACGUGGCCGGCACGCUGCGGGAUUUGAAAGCGGGCGCGGCGGGCCUAGCCUCAUUUCCUUCUGAAGAUGGCGAGUCUGGACCGGCUUCGGAUGCUGUCAAAGCUCUAAGAAAGGAGCUUACAGAGCUGGCUGGUUCCGUGUCAGACAGCGCAGCGGCGCCGCCGUCGCCGGACGACGAGGAGGGCUUCGCCGGCGCCGCGGGCGAGAACCCGCUACACAACAGCACGUUCAACAGAUGGCGCCGCCUAGUCGCACACUUCGAGGACUUCGUCCAGUGCUACUUCGCGCACCGGGCGGACGAGCUGUACUUCCCCGCGCCCGCUGGCACGCCCGCUCCGCUCGUGACGUCGGCGCCGUCGGUCACCACCGUGGCCUCGGUCACUACCGUGGCUGGGCACGAAGAUCAGGUCCCGGACAACGAUCCUACUAGUAAGGACACUACUUGCUACUUCCCCGCACUCGCUAGCAUGCCCGCUCCGGUUGUGACGUCGGCGCCGUCGGUCACCACCGUGGCGUCGGUCACUACCGUGGCUGAGCACGAUGACCAGGUCCCGGACAACCAUCCUACCAGUAAGCACUCCUGCUUAACCACAAUGAAGCCAUCAUUCGUGAAUGGCGACCAACGCUUACCUGAAGGGUCUCCCACGGAAGCGGGCCGAGCGCCGCCCGCUCCCUCCCCGUCUGCCACCCUCAGCAAGGGGGAGGGCGGGGGAGGGGGCUUGGACGCCUUUAGAGAGGACCUCGUCGCUUUUACUAGAUAUAGGGCACUGAGGCCGUUAGCUACACUAUCGUACUCCAGCGAUGCCAUUAAUUAUUCCACCAUCGUGUCUACUAUAGAGUUUGACAAAGACGAAGAAUUCUUCGCCAUCGCCGGCGUGACGAAACGCAUCAAAGUGUUCGAAUACGAGGCCGUAGUUCGGGACGCAGUGGAUGUGCACUACCCUUGCGCUGAAAUGCAGUGCGCGCAUAAAAUUAGCUGCGUGUCGUGGAACGCGUAUCAUAAGAAUGUGCUGGCGUCAGCAGACUACGAAGGCACAGUAGCGGUAUGGGACGCGGGCACCGGGCAGCGCACACGAGCGCUACUCGAGCACGACAAGCGCUGCUGGUCGGUGCACUUCAACCGUGCUGACGUGCGGCUGCUAGCUAGUGGCUCUGACGACGCGCGCGUCAAACUGUGGGCGCUCAACGCCGAGAGAUCUGUGGCAACGUUAGAAGCACGCUUCAACGUGUGCUGCGUGCGUUUCAACCCGCGCUCCUCCUGCCACCUGGCGUUCGGAUCCGCGGACCACUGCGUGCACUACUACGACCUCAGGGCCCCCAGGGCGCCUCUAGCCGUGUUCAGGGACCACAGGAAAGCGGUGUCGUACGUGAAGUUCCUCGACGCACGAACGCUCGUGUCCGCCUCAACAGACUCACAACUAAAACUAUGGAAGGUGGAAUCCCCCCGCUGCGUCCGCUCGUUCACCGGGCACGCCAACGAGAAGAACUUCGUCGGCCUCGCCACGGAGGCCAGCGGGCGCUACGUGGCCUGCGGCUCCGAGAACAACGCGCUGUACGUGUACUACGCGGGCCUGUCCAAGCCCCUGCUGGCGCACCGCUUCGACGCCGUGCGGGGCUUCCUGGAGAGAGGCGAAAGGCGGGAAGACGAGCCCUCGGAAUUCGUCUCAGCGGUCUGCUGGCGACGCGCGCCGCCUUCCGAAAGACAAGUACUCCUCGCAGCUAACAGUCAAGGCACAAUCAAAGUACUAGAACUUGUGUAGUUUGCUUUGGGUUCCACGAGGAACCAAUUUAAGUUCUUCAAAAAGGUUUUGAAACGGUAUUGGAGUUGCAAGCGUCCAAGAGCUACGGUAACCGUUGCUUGAGGGAGGCGGCGUUAGGCAUGGGCGACGUGGGCCAUCGCGGCCUCGCGGUCUGAGUGGCCUCGUGCUUUUAUAUGUAUAACCAAAGAGAAUUUGAAAUAGAGGUGUCAAAGAAAACUUUGUAAUGUUCAAUUUAUUAAAUAUCAAAAAGUAGCGCCAUCUUACCGGGCACUACCUAAAUGUUAUGGCGCCAUCGCUCGAAACGAUGCUGCUAUACCUUUGGCCUUUGAUCUAUUAGAUGGCGCCAAUUUUUGAUAUUUAACAAAUUGAACACAUAUCAGUGAAAUAAUAAAGAUCAAAGUCAAAUGGCGUUCUAAAAGUUUUAAUUAUAUGUCGAAAGAUGGCAGUAAAUUUACGUCGCCACAAAGUCUUUGACAUGGCACCUCUAUUUCAAAUUAUCUUGGGUUAUAACUCGGAUGCAACGUAAAAAUGUAUUCGUUAUUUUUUGCGCCAUCAGAGGGCCUCGCUAAAUGUACCUUGCCCACAUCCAAUUGUGGUCUUGCCCGCCACUGCUUGAGGGACUGCAGUGAGUUCUUUAAAAAGUGUGCACAAGUUUUUAUUUGCAGUUGCACGGCACGCUUAGCAUCCUGUGUGUUUGUUACCGACGUGAUAUGAAAAAUAAAUGUGGCUGUAGUUGUGUAGAGAUCUUACAGAAUACACGCAGCAAAAUGGAGACUAUGAGCGGUUCAACCGAAACUUAGUAACAAAUUACAUACUGAAUUCAUCGAUUCAAUGAAAUAGUGACGAAUACUUUGUGUGUGGCAUGGACACAAUCAGGCAAAGUAAUACGUGUUUAUUUACUACGAACCCCCUUAUUCAUAAACAUCAACUAAAGUUAACAAGCCGCUAAUGUAUAUAAAAUUUAUAAUUACCUACUUUUGUCAACCCUGCCUCUAAUCAACUCUACCUUGUUAAUAAAUAAAUUUUGUAUUGUAUUGUAAUAAUCGUUUGUCCCUUUCCGACGUAUUGGUAUGAUGGAAAGGGACAAACGAUUAUUAGCGGCUCGUUAACUUUAGUAGACGUUUAUGAAUAAGGGGGUAAAAGCGACAGUCCGCCACCGCCGCUCUUAGAUAUAUCUAAGUUGACAAGACUCUGACAAACAUAUGAACACAAUUUCCUCUAUUGUGUGUAUAUUUUGAGCAUCAUUAUAAUAUGAUGGCGAGUCUGUACUGUGAAUAAAUGUUCGUGUACUUUCGUGUAUAAACAAUAGGGAGUUAAUUAAUAUGGAAUUAAAUUUUCAAUAAAGUGGAGGUGCUUAGUCAUCGUUGUAGGUGGCGUUUAAUGAGUUUAUGCUAUCAACAACAAUUAUAAUUGUUUAUUAAUUUACUCCUUAGAACAUAUAGCGACAUAAAUAGCCGAGUGGGUGAGGUGUUCAAAAUGACCUACACACACACACAUAAACUUCUUCUUACAAGUUUCUGUGGUGUAUCUUAGUUUUAAGUGCUUUGUAUAUAAAUAAACAAAAAAAAUACACACACACAAAAACUUGUGUGCAGUUGUCUUUGAAUGUGUUGCCCGCUUGGUAACUUCUGCUUUUUGUAUAUAGAUGCUAUUGAAAUAAAGAGAUAAUAAGCAUACGUCGAGGUUUUCGGUGCGGGAAUGUUUUACACUAGCCAAAAAACAGGUUAAAACUAUUAAAACCAAUACUAUUUUAAUAUUUCUAAGCGCAUUUGAAGCUCACCUUCUAUUUUUAAUUCAUAGUUUGGUAAUUAUUUUACAAUAGACAAAGUUAUAAAUACAAGAAAACAUUCCCGCACCGAAAACCCCGACGUAUGAUAAUAAGUCACCCAGUACGAAAGGGUCUCAUCCUAAAUAAAUGUUAUUUCAAAAAUCGUACAAUUCAGCUGUUAUAUUUUGUGCGGUACAUAUUCUACCUAAAGCUAUUAUCACGUAGACAUCGGAGUUUUUGUCGCACGGUAAGACGUUCGCGAGCUAUGGAGUCGACAUUAGCAAUAAAAUAAUGAAAUGCAAAAAAUGGCCAUUAUUUAUGUAAAUUAAUGAAGUGCAAAAAAUGGCAAUUAUUCUUGUUUGUAUAUACUCAAAGACAAAAUUAAAGUAUCAUUUAUAAACUCGUCAAGGUUCUUGAUUCUAGAUUAUAAAAUUAAAAUCAGUCAAUACAAUCAUGAAUGAGAAAGCUUAUGAAUAUGAAUUGAACUUUAUUGCUAAUGUCGACUCCAUAGCUUUUUAUAAUAAGUUUGCAUGCCAGUUUCUGGUGAAAUGUGUGUGACUACUAUAUAUUUUAAACAUCUUUUGUACCACAUUAGAAAGCGAAAUAAAGAUAUUUGUAUUUGUAUAGCUCGCUAACGUCUUACCGCGCGAUAAAAAUCACCCUCGUGCCAAAAUCUGGGUACUUCUAAUAAUCGGGAAGUAGAGGAAUAACAGUAAGAGUUAUGCAUAAAAAAUAAGUAAUAUCAAUACAUAAAACGAUCAUGGUUCUAUUAUUAUUUAAAUCUUUAUGGUCGAGUUUACAAAUUGACUCACAGAUGACGCUAAUGCUCAAAGAUAAUUGAAGUGUGCAAAAGGGAAGCCAUCAUGUGUACAAAUAUUUCAUAAGUGUAAAAGAGACAGGCAAAACAUUCAAAAACGUGAACACUUUCACGAUUCCAAAGUAGUCUAGCGGCCGGCGUGUAUGUACAAACCUUGGAGGAUUUAACAACUGGAGACGCCUUUGUCUGUUAUUUUCUGUAGAAAAUAGCCUACCGAUUUUUGCGGGUGAGGGGCACGUCAAAUGUAUGGCUAUUAGUACGUAACGUAGUCAUGUCACAUAAACGUCACUCCGUACAAUACAUAUGAGUAUGGAAGGUAGAGGCAAGGAACAGAAACUCCUUAGGCAGAACUGUUGCAAAAGUGUCCAGCUGUCAGCUAUAAAUAAUAGUUCCAAACCUCUCCAGAGUAGCGCUAGCAUAGGUAAGAACCUAGGCGUUAUUGACGGAGUGAAGUGCGCUGUCUAUGAUUAGAUUUUUUUCUCAUGUAUUCUAGGUAUUGUAGCGCCACCUGUUUAUAGUUUUUUCGGACACUUUUUGGUAUAUGGAGAUUUUGUUCCUUGCCUCUACCUUCCAUACAUAUGAGGUUUCCGACAGUGGGAUAAGCUCGGACAAACUAAUUGAACCAGUCAAAUCGGCUACUUCGUGUUACUAAAUUAUACGUAAAUUACACGUAUUCUUAGGCUAUAAUUUAAACCGUUCGCUCUCCCGCUAGGGGCAACAGUGCCAAACUUAGUAAAUGUACUGUGUAUGUGUAAUUGUGUAUAGAAAAGAAACUAUGUAUUAUAUGGGUACUUUCUAGCUGUAAAGCAAUAUUAGACCUUACCCCUUAUAAUAAAAACUUGCGAUAUACUCGGUGUAACACGAGGAAAGAUUUUAACCACGCAUUUCUGAGGCCAAUAGAAGGAAAAAAUGCUAUAUGAAUGUAUGUAAAUUUCGCCAAAAAAAUUUUUUUUGUUUGUUUUUCAAUUCUUUUUAAUGUAUUUGUAAGUACAUACAUAAAAAGUCAAUGUUAUUGGUAAAACUGUUUUGGGAAACCUAGUUUUUGCAAAAUGUUACAUGUUACUUUUUUCACAUCUAUCAAGAAGGUUAUUUAGACUACGCUAAGUAACAAUACGAAGAUGAUUUUAUUAAAUUGGUUUAACUCUGAAAGCAGGAGAAUACCAGAACAGAAGAAGUAAUAACAUAGCUACCCCUCUUGCAUAUAGUUGUCGUGUACAGUUCACAAAAACUCAUAAGGUAAGGUGGUGUAAGACUGUCACGGGGACAAGACAAACACUUGUAUGGAAUCCUCAUACAGUUUGUCUUGUCCCGAGCAAAAUAAACUAUGUUCGUUAUACCCCAUCUUUUUUUAACCUUUUGACCGCCACAGUCGGCUGUGGCCGUCAUCGGAGUCUUGCCUAGGACGCGACGGCUACAGCUGACAGCUUCGCCAAUGCAAUAGGGACUUACGCGGGACUUCGUAAAGUUAAAUUUCGUUUAAAUAAGCGCGAUCGCCUGGCGUCCGGGGCAGGGCAUAUUUCUUCGCUGUCUGUUCAGAAGAUUAAUCUUCAUGGAAAUAAAACUGAGUGAACAGGGUGAAUCAUUUUUUCCUAAGUAAAUAAUAAUUCUACGAACAUUUAUUUAUAUUACUAAUUUCAAAUAUAUUACGUGUAUCUGUUGAACACUUUAGAGAAGAGGGCCUUUAUGCCCUUUAUCCAAGUAAGAUUGAAUUGAAAAUCUUAAACUUGUGUAUAUUCUUCUGCUAUUUUUUUUUAGAACUAGAAAGAGCUCCGUAGAAGUAAGCAGAAGGAUAUUUGUGAUGUUUUCAACCAAAAGGUACCACAUUGUCGGUCGUCGAUAAGGUUGAUUUUAUUGAAGCUAUAUGUAAAUAGCGCCUUAUUGACAACUGGCGUUAAGUACCCUUUUGGUUGAAAAUGGCACAUUUAUUUAUAUUUAUGAGGCACUUUGACAUAUGCAUUGUCGAAAAUCGAAAUGUAUGAGAAAGCAGAUUUUUUUGGGUUUUCGGGGUCGGUCCUAUUGUAAGUUGUUCAGUAUGGCCUACAAAUUAGGGGUCCCCAGCAAGCUUGGUUCUCCAUACAAACGUAGCGACGCUCUCAUUUUAAAACGACUAGCUAGAUUGCUCUGAAACUUUGUACUUACAAUAGGAUAAGGUAUAUUUAGGGCUGUAAUUAGUUGAUGUAGCCUCAGGCACCAUAGUUUUAAAUAAUUCAGCGAAUUUAAGUUUCUCAUACAAAACUUGUGUUUGCUCUUUCGUUUUUUUUUUAAGGUGGAGCAAUAUAAACUAAUUACAGGACUAGAUAUACCUCAUGUCAUUGUAUGUGCAAAGUUUCAUUACAAUCUAACACGUAGUUUAAAAAUAAGAACGAAAUUUACUUCUGCGGAGUUAUUUCUAAUCCUAAACUAUAGAAUGUAAUUAACCGUUGUAAAUGUCGUUUUGUAAUAUAUUAUACAAUUUUAUCGGACAAGAAUUAUAUUAUGAAUUAUAUGAAUCUAUUGUAAAUGUUAUAUUUUCCUCAAACAAUGUAGCUUUAUUUACUUACGUAAGUGCAGGGAUGAGUUAAAAAUAAGGACUUCCAAUUUACAUAAAAUAUACGUUGCUUUGAAAAUAACGCACCUAUUUGACGGAAGGAGAUCGCAAUAUCGUUUGCUCCCUCUGACUCAUAACUGCGUCUUUUUCUACAGGGUAGUCUAAAAAUACGUUGACAUUUUUUUUGUUGGUAAUUGUAACGAAACUGAAGUGUCAAAUCUAAAGGAGAAUAUCUUAAUAAGUUUUUGCCAAAAAAAUCAUUUUUGGUACAAGCUUUUAUCGCUGAGUGUACUUUUCUUACCACGGGCAACUAAUACUCAUCGAGACAAUUCAAAAAACCCAAACACUGACUGACUGGGUAUUUGACUGUAUUUAAAAUAAAUUAUUUCACACCACGCACGAAAUAAAGCACCACAACAUUAAUAGAAAAACGUAGAAGCCGUUAUUUUUAGACACUAUUUCUAUUUUAUAAUUCGUAUAGAACUAUAAAGAGAAGGUAACUUGACCGUGACGUCAUUUGCUAGUGUUUAUAAAUUCCAUAGUGGCAAAUCGUUUUGACAGUUCGAAAAAAGAAACUCAUUUGACUAGUAGUCAAAUACCCUAUUCGGUUGCUUUGUUGCAUUACAGAGUUCCUAUGGCCACCUCUUGUCUCCAUCAUCAGAUCAGCUCGAUGGUACCAUAAGAUUGCAUUGUCACCCAACUUACAUAUGUAUGCAAAUUUUCAGCUCAAUCGGAAAUAGGGAAGUGGGUCAAAUUUAGCUUCCAAGAUCUGACCCACACUAAUUAACGAACAAACUUACAUACUAACAGGGCAAUUUAAGUAAAAGCUUGUAAAAAAAUACGUUUUGCUUUAGUUCAAUAAUUUUAGUUUUAAUUUUUAAUUACAUUUUGUAAAAUACAUGUAAGUCAGAAAAUAUUCCUGAAAUUCUUUGUCAAUGUAUUUUUGGGUCACCUGUAUUUAAUUUGAGAGAGAUGUUUUGUCUUAGCGAUCAAGUACAUUUUUCUGUGAGAUUAAUGUUCUUAAAUAUCUAAGUAAAAAGUGUCACUAAAACAUUACAACUUGAGCACGAAAUCCAAGGAAUCAUAAGCCAGCCCCUUCACGUUCUCAGCUGGAGAUUUCUCGGACUUCGUGCGCGAACUCUGUGUUAAUCAAGCAAUUAAGUUUGGUCCGGAGGUGUACGAAAAACUAAACUUUUGAUUAGGCUUAUAAAUCGUAUUAGUGUAGUGUAAUAUAGAUAGGUAAAUCUCGCUCCAUGUGGUGCCAAUAUAAUGGUCCCUCCCAA